AUGGUGAUACCAAGAAUGGACGCUUUCCUGUUUAGCGCCUUCGGAAUUAGUUCCGAACCACUUGGCCAACUCAGUAGAAAGGACAUCGAAAAGAAUUUGGGUUUGGAAGAAGACAAAAUUUUUGCUGACUCGAACAAGAUCUAUCAACCUGAUUCAUCUUUGUCUAAAAACUCCGGAGUGAGAUUCGAAUCACAGCAAUCAGCUUCCCAACUCAGCGAAAAGGUUUUGUGUUCGGAAAAAGCCAAAGUCUCUACCGAAUCUUACAAAAUGAACCAAUAUGAUUAUUCAUUCGAUGAGGAAUUCGAAAGAAUUUUGUGUGUGGAGAAAGCCAAAGUAUCUGCCGAAGGGAACAGAAUGAAUCAAUCUGAUUAUUCAUUGUUUGACAUCUUCGGAAUAACUUCAGAACUUCAGCCAUCACCACAACAACUCAGCAAUGAGGAAUUGGAAAUGAUUUUGCGUCUGGAAGAAACCGAAAGCUUUGCUGAAUCGAACAAUAUCAAUCAACCUGAUUUUUCCUUGUCUAAUAAACACGGAGUGAGUUUCGAAUCAGAGCAAUCAUUUUCCCAACAAUGCGAAAAGGUUUUGUGUUCGGAAAAAGCCAAAGUCUCUUCCGCAUCGAACAACUUCGACAACUUCGGAAUGAUUCAUGGUCAACUCACUGAUGUCGAAUUUGAAAGGAUUUUGGGAUUGGGUGAAUCAAAUGUCUCUGCCGAAUCGGCCACGCAGAUAAAUCGAUCUCAUUCCGACCAAUAUAUGACGGAUUGGAAUUCGCUUUUUGAGCAGGAGCCAAUAAAAAUAGAUGAUAUGUUUAAUGGACAUAGUUCCCAUCAAGCACCGGACACUCAACUCCAAAAUUCGAUUAUUUCACCAGAUUCGGGCAUCUGUGAUGAAGGAUUAGCGGAAUCCGAUUCAUCUUCAUCAACUCCACCUACCUAUUCCCAAAUUUUCGAAGUGAAAGAUCAAUGUUUACAACAGAAGGAAUGUUACCGAACAUCGGUACCCAAGUCCACACCCUACGUCUUCAAAACGAAUUCGGGUUUAUGGAAAAAUCGCAAUUACGAAAUAGUUGAAAGUGUGAGGCCAACAAGUAUGAUACCAAAAAGUGACGUUAUCAAGCCAAAAGUGAGAAUAAGAGAAGGUGUCCGGAAACUGCAAAAACAGAAGGUAUUCAAGUGUUCCAAAUGCGAAUUCUCUUCAUACUUCAGGGAUAUUCUGGACCAGCAUAUCCACAGAACACAUUUACAACCAAAUCAAGAAUGCAAGCAGAUACAAUCGAAUGAACGUGUUAAUUUUACUAUCAACGGAAAAGAAAAAGCACCCCAUUCCUCUGUUGCUAAUAGGGCGUCUAUAAGGAGUAAGAAAUUUACCUGCACAGAUUGUUCAUUUCCGACGACAGAUUUGAGAAUAUUUCUGAAUCACAUAUUUGUGAUACAUAAAUACCGCUGGUACAAAUGUCCAAUCUGCCGUGUUUGCACGACAUCUCCAAAUGCAAGCAUGGAGCAUUUUCGAAAAAAUCCUGAUCACAUGAUACCAUAUGGGAAAAGAAACUCACAGAAAAAGAUAAUUCAACCGAGACGAGAAAAAAAAUACAGGUACAAGUCGGAUGAGAACUUGAACAUCGAGGUGAAGAAAGAAGGUAACAAAGAAAAGAUUGUUAUAACACCCAAACCUCAUUGUUUCAAGAAGGGAAAUAAAAUAGAAAAAAAAUUCUACUGUGAGGUUUGUGAAUUUAAAACACUUAGCUACAGUACACUGAUGGUACAUAAGAAUAGGAAUCAUAAUUUGGCUAUGAGAUGCCCAGGGUGUUUUCGUCACUUAAAUUCGAUAGCUGAAUUGAUAAAACAUUUAAUGGAUAGUCCCAAUCAUAUGACGACUUAUCUCAGAUGCAACAUUUGUGAUUUUGGAACCUACGAUGAACGGGCAUUAACGAUUCAUAAGAAGAGGAAACAUUUUCAAUCAAUUCAUGACGGAAGUGAACGAAGAUCCGUGAAGGUGAAAAUAUCUAAUGUGAGUAGAAAGUAUUAUUCCUGGAAUCGAAAAGAAGAAAAUGAGAAAAGUAUGGACGUCACUGACACAAUCGAAGUAGAUUCUUACGUUUGCAUAUAA